UUCCGGUACAUUCACCCGGGCUGUACCCUACUUCCUUCCAUAGUCCCUAUGAAGAAACUUAAUUGUUUCUGGACAUUGGGUCUAUGUUUGGUAGCCAGCAAACUUUCCAAGGCAUUGCUCAAUAUUCCUAAACUGCCAACUAUCUAUGACCCAAAAUUUAUCCAGGAGUGUGUCGACUCCCAUAAUGAAUUUCGAAGCAAAGUCAACCCCCCAGCAGCCGAUAUGAAUGUCCUGAAUUGGGACAAAGAGUUAGCAAGACAGGCCAAAUCAUGGAGUCAACAGUGCAAAUUUUCCCAUAACCCCUGUACUAAAAAACGAUAUUCAUGCAUUGAGGGCCAUGACUUCUUGGGAGAAAAUAUAUAUUUAGGUGAAAUACAAAGUACACCACAACAAGCUAUUUCUUUUUGGUAUAAUGAAAGUGAACAUUAUAAUUUUGAUAAUAUGACCUGUUCUAAAACUUGUGGCCAUUAUACUCAGAUAGUUUGGGCCAAUACGGUUACAGUUGGAUGUGCUGUAUCAAAUUGUCCUAAUCUCUUGGGACAUUCAGCUGCUCUAUUUGUAUGUAAUUAUGCACCACCAGGAAAUGAAAAGAAUGUCGGUCCUUACAUAAAAGGAGAACCCUGCUCCAUGUGUAAAAGAAGUGACUGCAGGAAUAAUCUCUGCUCCAGCAAACUUUCCAAGGCAUGGGACAAAAUUCCCAAGUUACCAAGUAUCCGUGACCCGAAAUUUAUAAAAGAGGUUGUCGAUUCCCAUAAUGAAUUUCGAAGCAAAGUCAACCCCCCAGCAGCCGAUAUGAAUGCCCUGGUGAGUAAGGACCUGUGA